CCAUCUUUACGCCAGUGCUGCCGGUGGGUCUUCGGCUCGGCGGAGCGACGGUACUGCUGCUGGUCCACCCCCCCACCUUACCACCCCACCCCACCCCAGGAAUCGCCGAGCGGCCGCUAGCCUAGAAGCAGCCUCGCCACCAGAGCACCAUGGCGGACAGAGACAACCUCGUAUACCAGGCGAAGCUCGCCGAGCAGGCGGAGAGAUACGACGAAAUGGUGGAGUCGAUGAAGAAGGUGGCCGGCAUGGACGUGGAGUUGACGGUGGAGGAGAGGAACCUGCUGUCGGUAGCGUACAAGAACGUGAUCGGGGCCAGGCGAGCCUCGUGGAGGAUAAUCAGCAGCCUCGAACAGAAAGAAGAAAACAAGGGCGGAGAAGACAAACUGAAGAUGAUCCGCGAAUACAGGAAAACGGUUGAGAAAGAACUGAAAUCAAUCUGCAACGACAUCCUGGAUGUACUGGACAAGCACCUCAUUUUAGCUGCAACCACGGGAGAAUCGAAGGUUUUCUACUACAAAAUGAAGGGAGAUUACCACAGGUACCUGGCAGAGUUCGCCACGGGCAACGACAGGAAGGAGGCAGCUGAGAACAGUCUGGUAGCUUACAAGGCCGCCAGCGACAUCGCCAUGAUCGAACUCCCUCCAACGCACCCCAUCCGCCUGGGACUGGCCCUCAACUUCUCUGUUUUCUAUUACGAAAUCCUCAACUCGCCAGAUCGUGCCUGCAGGCUGGCGAAGGAAGCAUUUGACAACGCCAUCGCAGAACUGGACACGCUGAGCGAGGAAAGCUAUAAAGACUCAACACUUAUCAUGCAGUUGCUACGUGACAACUUGACACUAUGGACCUCAGACGUUCAGGGAGACGAUUCUUAAGGACAGUCCUCUUCCUCCCCUCUUCUGCAUUGUACAAGUGUAUUUUGUGAAGAACAGAACAAAGAAGCACUGCAAGAUGCAGAGGACGAAGCCCAGUGAGACUGAACAACACAGAAGAGCCCUCCUCUUCUUCUUCCUCCUCCUCCUCCCAGCACUCCCUCUUUUCCCCAGCUCCACUUUACAGCUGGGUUAUUCUUCAGCCCUCUCUUGCUCCAUCCCUCCAUCGUCGUCCUCUUUCUACCUCCCCGUCUCCCCCUUCCUCCCCAUAUGCACGUUGCCCCCCCUGUCCACUCCGGUCCUUGUUUCCGCUACCCAGGGUCUUUCCUCCUCCUGCCACUCGUUCCCUUUAAGGUUCAUGUCCUCUUUUACUGUUUUUACUUUGCUUUACGUUGCUGUAUCAUCUGUUGCCAAGUGUGCUUGCCUGUGUUUGUAACACACGUAUGCAAGAGUUUAUUUAAAGACGACGCUUAACUGGUUUUCCUGUGUGUGCGUGUUCAUGACCGGCGUCUUUCUCCGUGCUGUCAGAUUCUGAAAGACCGUAGUCAUCAUAUUUAGGGAACAUAGCAGCGGUGGAAGACUGAAAAGGGAUGCUUUUAGCAAGAACUAAGUGCCCUCUUUGCUUUAUGGUUACGAAACCUGCUGCAACCAGAGCUCAUCAGUAUUUGUUUUCGAGACAAACACCAGAAUGUCCCCUUCUGAGCAUCGCUGACCUGUCCUACGUCCACCAUCGGGCCGAGUAUCGUUGCUGGGAGGCUGCAGCGCUUUCGCUAAUGGCAGAUAGUUAGGUAAUGGCUUUUUAACAGUGAGUGUGUGCGUGUGUUGGUGCGUGCAUGUGUGUGUGCGUGUGUGGGAGGGGAAUGCUCAACACUCUUGAUUGUAAUGUAAUGCAGUUUUUGCAUUGGCACUAUAAAACUAAAACAAGUUUGGGAAACGGAGGCCUGCUGUAUCCUUACUCCGCCAACUCUUUCAGGUUUCCUCGUCUCGUCUCUUCUCUCAUUUCUUCUCUUCCUUCUGUUCAGUGUAACGUGAAUCUGAUUUGUACUACUGGAUAUUCUCACCGGAGCCACAAGUACCAUCUGUAUUCUUACUGAAACACAGCAUGGAAUUAACAUUAAACUUCAAAUUGAAAAAAAAAAAGGUUCAA